UGUGAAGUGCCGUGCUAUGAAGCUGUGUGCGGAAUCAGAGACAGGGCUGAGACUGGUGCUGCAGGACCCUCUGCAUGGCUUCUCUCAGUGGAGCCAGCUGGUCUCUCAGGUGCUGGAGGCCUCAGCAGAGGUGUCUGAGUUCUCCCACAUCGCCAUGCUGGUGCAGAACAUCGAGGUAUGAACACCGCACUGCAAUGCAGGCUGCUACUGAUUUGAUCAACUCUUAUUCCGCCAGGGAAAAUGUGUUCUCUCGUGCUUAAAAGGGAUGUAGCAGGACAUGAUACGGAAUACAGAAAACAUACAAUGCAGCUAAUACAAUACGGUAAAAUGCAUAGAGAAAAGGUGCUUAAAAGGGAUGUAGCAGGACAUGAUACAUAAUACAAUCCCAUCAAUCAAGCAGCUAAACCAGGAUUGUGUUCAUAAGGGAACACUUGAUUUUUGAGAAACCAUACUUUUAGUCACUGUGGCCCUCAACGCCUGGAGACCUCCACUGUAAUAAUGAAGAGAUCGACAGUAGUCAUGUUACCUUAAUUAGGUCAGCUAUGGAAAUCCAAUCAGCCCUACAUACAGACAGUACUGGACAGAGAUUGGCUUAGGCUGUGUCCGAAAUGGCACCCUAUUCCCUAUUUAGUGCACUACUUUUGAUCAGGGCCCAUAGGGCUCUGGUCAAAAGUAGUGAACUAUAUGGAAUAGGGUGUCAAAAGUAGUGCACUAUAUAUGGAAUAGAGUGCCAUUUGGGCCUUCUAAAAUUGAAUCUAUCCUCCACGGUGGACAGCAUAAAGUGGCUUUCCCUAUAUAACCUCCUCCCUCCAGACAUGGGAAUACUGAAAGCACAGGUCAAGGAGUUCAACCAUUUCCUGAUCUUUGAAAAAGAGAGAUCUGAGGAUCAUGCUUGCUUUACGUUGACACAGAGGAAUGUGUGAUCUAGAUGCCAUGAGGCACAUAUCUCUACCACACAUACCUUUCAUCUGUGGCGUGGCCCUCUUUAAUUCAUUUUCUCUCUUUUUUUCUUUCUAUUUCGUUCUAUCCCCCCCUACAGAGGUUGAUGAUGCACAGUCUGCAGCUGCAGGAGCGGUUGAGUCUGCUGCAGGUGAAGAGAGAUCUGCUGGGUUCAGUGUUUGGCUCUGACAGAGCAGAGAGUCUACUGACGGAGCUCAACGCCACCAUGAGGAACCGAGAGCUACUGCACAGCCAGCUUCUGCAGAGGAAGGGAAGACUGCAGGUGUGUGAGUGCGUGUGGGUGUGUCGUAGGGCUCUGGUCCAAUGUAGGCCGUUAUUAGGGAAUGGGGUGCCAUUUGGGAUGGAACCUAAUUUCUGAUAUGUCCUUAGGGUUUGAUCUCGAAGACUAAGGACUUUGGCGACGCCUACGAGUCAAUCAGGAGCAAGCUGACCCUCCUGAGAGACAGACUGAUCUCAGCAGACAGCCUCCAACCAGACAUACUGGCCAAGAAGAGCCAGUCAGACCAGCUACGGGUGGGUCACUCACUGCAUUCUACACCUGUGGCCCGUUCUCAAUUCAUCUUUCCUCGCAUCCUCUCUCCUCACCUCCUUCUCAAAGGCAUUGGAGAAGAUGGUCCGAGUGGAGGGACCUUGGACCUUCUCCUCCAAUAGGGUUGAGAAGGAGGCGAGGAGAUAGGAUGCAGGGAAUUGAGGAAAGAUGAAUUGAGGUUGAGCCUGUGUCCAGGGGGCACUAGGAGACUCAUUUAGAAAGAACAUAUAAGCAUGUAUAAAGCAUUCAUAAAGGAUUCGUAAAGCAUUUAUAAGCAAUGUUGCUUUGUGUCUCUCAGGUGAUCAAGAAGGACUUGGAGGACUGUGAGGCCCACAUCACAGCUCUGGAGACUCUGGUGUCAUCCAGCUCCACUAACAGGACCCAGUUUGAGAGGCUGUAUGGGGACUGGAGGAUCCUAUACAAGGCAGUCAGGGUAAGACAGGGGAAGGAUUUGACUAAGCAGAAGUUCUGAAAAAUAUGUAACUUUAGUGGCAAAACAUUGCUUUUGAAAUGGAUAACAUUUCCUAUUAAUCAAUCUGUGUAUUUGUGAAGUAAUAGUGUAGCAUGUAAUUGCAUUUGCUUCAUGUGUUAUGUAUCAGUGUGUGCAUUUGGCUGUGUGAGUUUUGUUCACAAAAAUUGAUCGCUCCACAGUGAGUCAUGUGGCUUGCUAUAUAAAGCAGGCAUCGAGGCAUUCGGUUACUGUUUGAUUGAACGUUACAAUGGGCAAAACGAGUGACCUAAGCGACUUUGAGCGUGGUACUAUCGUCAGUGCCAGGCGCGCCGGAUCCUUAUCUCAGAAAUUGCAGUUUUUUUAAUGCUUGACAGUGUUUAGGGUUUACCGAGAAUGGUGCGACAAACAAAAAACAUCCAGUCAGCGGCAGUCCUGUGGGCGAAAACAGCUCGUUGAUGAGAGAGGUCAAAGAGAAUGGCAAGAAUCGUGCAAGCGAACAGGCAGGCCACAAACAGGCAAAUAAUGGCACAGUACAACAGUGAUGUGCAGAACGGUAUCUCGGAAUGCGCAACUCGUCGAUCCUUGUCACAGAUGGGCUAUUACAGUAGACGAACACACUGGGUUCCACUCCUAUCAGCUAAAAACAAGAAGAACUGUCUCCAGUGGGCACGCGAUCACCAACACUGGACAAUUGAGGAGUGGAAAAACAUUGCCUGGAACAUUGACAGCGAGUUCAGUCUACUUGAGUGGCCUGUGCAGUCCCCAGACCUCAACCCAAUAGAGCAUCUUUGGGAUGAGAUGGAACGGGCUGUUCGCAGCAUGAAUAUACCGCCGUCCAAUCUGCAGUAACUGCGUGAUGCCAUCGCGUCAUCCCUGUAGAAUAUUUCUGACACCUUGUAGAAUGCCCCAAAGAUUUUAGCCUGUUCUGGAGGCAAAGGGGGGUCCGCCCCGGUACUAGAUGGGUGUACCUAAUAAACUGGCCACUGAGUGUAUGUCUUUUGAUAUUAACAUGUGUGUGGUGUGUGUGUGUGUGUCAGGUGAAGGGGAACGAGAGUGAGGAGAGCAUCAGGGAGCACGAGAGUUUCCACGAGAGCCUGCUGAAUGUAGAGAAGUGGCUGAUGAUUAUGAGGCAGAAGCUGGAGUCCUACCGCAGCUCUGCUGGGGAGUGGAGCGUGGACAACAGACAGUAUGAAGCUGAGGUACUGACAUACCACACAUAUCUGUCUGUUAUCUCUUGUAACGUGGCACUCUGAUUAUGGAGAUUUUGAUGAAGACAGACAAACAUGACUAGGCACUGGACUACUAUGGAGAGGAUCUCCGUGACAUCUCUCCUGUAAAAAAAAAAAAAAAAAACGGUUCAAAAAGUUAUGGGAUGUAAACUGUGACUCUAUCCAGUGCUGUACUUGUAUGUAGUUAAUAAGUCCUGUCCAAUCCUGUGUUAUUCCUCCUCCGGUCCUGUAGAGGGCACUAGGUGAGUUCCCAGAGAAGGAGCUGCUGCUGCACCAGACAGAGGUGCAGGGCCAGGGGGUGCUGGAGAGGACCUCUGAGGAGGGACGGGUGCACAUCCUCAGGGACAUGAAGCGCCUGAGAGAGUCCUGGAUGGCCCUGCAUGACCUCAGCCUCAACCUCUUCAGGUGCACUACACUAUAGCAGGCUGGAUGGAAAACUCAUACAAUUACAUAUAGAACUCUGGAAUCGACAAUUAUUCUUGACCAAGAUGGCUGCUAUUAUCACAUUUAUUGAAUCUUCCACUCUAGUGAAUGAUAGGGUCUCUAUGGGAGGACUACUCUAGUACCAUUACUACUAAUGCUACUUCAUCUCUAGUGUGUUUCAGUGGAGGUUCUCGACAACCUCGUAUGGCUUUUGCACAUUUAUCUCCAAAAACCUUACCAACUGUAGCCUUCUAGAAAGAAGUCAAUAUGUUGCAUGUGCUGUCCCUGCAUCUGGGUGAAAAGUAUUUCAUGGGGCCAAUUACACACCAAUCCUAAGAGGUGCCUUCAGUUACUGACCGUCUGCCGUUCCGUUCCCAGGCUGCUGAAUGGGCACAGCUCCUCUGAGGACCCUGACUUAGACAUCCAGAGAGAGAGGGCGAGAGGCCAGGCUGGGGAGUUGCCAGGCCCAGCUAGGGAGCUAUUUUCUGGGGAGGGAGGAGACAUGAUCAAGGGAAGUGGCUCCAGCAGCAGGAGGGAGGGUGCUCCAGAGAGAUCCCCAGGAGAGGACCAUGGUGUCUGGGUCUCUCAGAGCUCUGGGUCAGGGUCUGGGAGAGGGGGAAGAACAGGGUCAGGGGCAAGGAUGGAGCAAAGUGAAGGGGCAAUUUUUAGAGCAGAAGAAGGUGUGGGGGUCGAGGGAGGGUUCGAGGGCAGUGUGGAGGAUAUGGAUCUCUCUGAACAUGGGGAGAGACAGGGUAGUGAUUCACAGACUCUGGGUCAACAACUGGGUCCAAUGACGUUAAGCCAAGGAGUCAGUCAGAGACCAGGACAGGGCAGUGGGAGUGAAAGCAGGGGCAAUGGCAGGGAGAGGGAAAGGGAGAAGGAGAGGGGUGGAGGUGAGCAUAGCUUUGGUAUUGAGGAGGUGGACUCCAUUGCCUGGAGAGGGGGGUACGGUCAGGGAGGAGAGGGGGAGACCAGAGAGGGAACCACAGGGAUAACCUUAGGCCACACAGGAGGCAGAAGCCCCCAGUGUGGAGGGGUGGUGGUGGAGGGGUCCAGGAGCAGCGAGGUGGUGGGGGGCUCUGGAUCCAGGAGUAGUGGGGUGGUGGGGGGCUCUGGGUCCAGGAGUAGUGGGGUGGUGGGGGUCUCUGGAUCCAGGAGUAGUGGGGUGGUGGGGGAGAGGUCCAGGAUUAGUGGGGUGAUGGGGGGUUCUGGUUUUACAGGUAGCGGAGUGAUGGCGGGAUCAGGGUCUAGGAGUAGCGGAGUGGUGGUAGUGGGGGCGUCUGGGUCCAGCAGUAGCGGGCGGACAGAGGAGUGGGUGGACGAGCAGAGGUCCAGAGGUGUGGCUGAACCUGUGGCCAUGGAGGUAGACGUGGGGUUAGGGUUAGGGCAUAGUCAGGGCAGCAGAAGCAGCUAUGGAGAGGGAACAAGUGAAGUGGGAGACCAGAGUGGAGGUGGAGGUGGAGGGGGACACCUGCGACACAGAGGGUCCUUCACCCCGAUCAAGACAAAGAUGGAGGAUUCAAUCAUUGAGCAAGGCUCUGCUAGAAAAACUUCUGGAGGGCUACAGGGCUCAAGUCAACACACCACGGUACGGUCUCCACUGAUUCUAUUAACUCAUAAUCACAUACUCAUUAUUUUCUAGUUAAUAAAGGAAGAUAAACAAAUGGGCGUGGUAUAAUUAAGCAAUAAGGUAUGAGGGGGUGUGGUAUUUUGCCAAUAUCAGGCCUGAUCUUAUGGACGACGCAACGCGGAUACAGCCGUUAGUCGUGGUAUAUUGGCCAUAUACAGUACCACAAACCCCAGAGGUUCCUUAUUGCUAUUACAAACUGGUUACCAACGUAAUUAGAACAGUAAAAAGUAAUUUUCUGUCAUACCCGUGGUAUACGGUCUUAUAUACCACUGCUUUAAGCCAAUCAGCAUUCAGGGCUCGAACCACCCGGUUUAUAACAACAUUUUUGUCAUUUAGCAGACGCUCUUAUCCAUAGCGACUUACAGUUAGUGCAUUUAUCUUAAGAUGGCUAGGUGAGACAACCACAUAUCACAGUCGUAUUAAGUACAUGUUUCCUCAAUACAAAAGGUAUCAGCAAAGUUAGUGCUAGUAAGAAAAGACAAGUACAAGGUUUAUUUUUUGGGCGGGGGGUAUUUCGUAUUUAAGAUACUCUUUGAAGAUGUACUGUUUCAGACGUUUUCAGAAUAUGGGCAGGGACUCUGCUGUCCUAGCAUCAUAGGGAAGCUGGUUCUACCAUUGGGGUGCCAGGACAGAGAAGAGCUUUGACUGGGCUAGGCGGGCGCUGACCUCCCGUAGGGGUGGGACGGCCAACAGACCAGAGGUGGCAGAACGGAGUGCUCGGGUUGAGAUGUAGGGUUUGAGCAUAGCCUGAAGGUAGGGAGGGGCAGUUCCCCUUGCUGCUCUGUAGGCAAGCACCAUGGUCCUCUCCACGCCACCUGAUAGGAGCGACCAGCCAGGUAGAAUGCAAUCCAGGUGUGUGCAGAGCCUGAGACGCCCAGCCCUGAGAAGGUGGAGAGGAGGAUCCGAUGGUUCAUGGUGUCGAAGGCAGCGGAUAGAUCUAGGGCGACGAGAACAGAGGAGAGAGCGUCAGCUUUGGCAGAGCGGAGAGCAUCCGUGAUACAGAGGAGAGCAGUCUCAGUUGAAUGACCCAUUUUGAAGCCUGACUGGUUAGGGUCAAGAAGAUUGUUCUGAGUGAGAUAACGAGAGUUGGUCAGAGACAGCAUGCUCAAGUGUUUUGGGAAAAAAAGAAAGAAGGCAUACUGGUCUGUAGUUUUUGACAUCAGAGGGGUCGAGUGUUGGUUUCUUGGGGAGAGGAGCGACUCUGGUCAUCUUGAAGUCGAAGGGGACGCAGCCAACGGUCAGGGAUGAGUUGAUGAGGGAAGUGAGGAAUGGGAGAAGGUCUCCAGAGAUAGUCUGGAGAAGGGAAGAGAGGAUGGGGUCGAGUGGGCAUGUUGUCGGGCGGGUGGACAUCACUAGUCGCAGGAUUUCAUCUGGUGAGAGAAGGAAAAAGAUGUCAAGUCGUUCUGUGUGAGUGGGACCAGUGGACUCAAUAGGCUGAGUGAAUGAGGAGCGGAUGUCGUCAACCUUUUUUACAAAGUAAUUGACUCAUCACUCAAUAUUCUCAUUAACCCAUAUUUGACUGCCGUUAUAAACUGGAAUAUUAAGGAAAUUAGUUAACUGAUUGUCUUUUGUGAAAUAUCACCUAAAGUAAGUUGUUGUUGAUAAUGUUGUUGUUGUUGUUUGGGUCCUUCAGGCAGGUCCAGGUUUAGCUUUUAGUGCAGCGGAGUACAAGGACAGGAAGAGGGAGUUUGAGGCCUGGCUACAGAAGGAAAACAAUACUCUUUCAGGGAUUCUCAACACCAAGGGACCGCUGAGCACCAGAGAACUCAAGAUCAGGCAGAACACACUCAAGGUUGGUGCUGAUGAUUCUUCUCAGAAAAAUAUACAGUAUUCCAUUUCUAUUAUUACAGUAUUCCAUUCCUGUUUAUAUUCACACAGAAAUAAUGAGGUACUCAAGUGCUGUGGCCGUCUUAUGGGUUAGGGACUGCUUAAAACAAGUUAUUUUCUAAGUAAUAUGCAUACUUCGUGAGAACUUCUGGAGGACGUUAUGUUCAAAGGGCACAAAACAAAGCUCUAGGAUGGUCGAAACUAAACUAAUCUUCUGGCCGGAGGAGUUUUAUUAAGAGCCUCGUUCUGAACAUUAAAACGCAUCGCUUGCGGCAUGGUUUUGGAAACAUAAGGAUCUUAUCUUUCAUAUCAGCAAUAAAUAAUUUUCAAAAACAAAAGGUUAAAAUACUACACACCUUUAUAGGGUUAGGGUUCCCACUGCCAUAUUUCCAUGUUACAGUGCUUGUUUAUGGAAAACAGACGGAGGACCGAGGCAUACCUCUGCUAAUUAGCUACCUCCAUCUCCGAACACCUGUGUGUAAACAGAAGCCAGACGCCACAAACAUGUUGUCACUGAAAAAUAAUGUCGGCUGCAACUGUGUUAAAACCGGUUAAAACAGUGUACAGUAAGUGUGUAUUUUGCAUUUGUGAAAUUAUUUUGAUGUGAUGAAACUUUAUGUUUCUAGAACCAUACCGCAAUUGAGAAUCGAUUCACGUUUAGAUGGAGUAUUUGGCUGUUGUGGCACACCACAAACCUUCAAGCGUUCCUCUAGAUGACUAAAAUAACUGGCAGCUGGACUAACGGCUUUACACUUACAUCCCAACCACAAGCUGCCUGACACUCAGACAGGUAGUAUCCUAAAUGGCACUCUACCCACUGGGCCCACACUGGUUGAAUCAACGUUGGUUCUACGUCAUUUCAAUGAAAUUGGGCUCCCGAGUGGCGCAGCGGUCUAAGGCACUGCAUCUCAGUGCUUGAGGCGUCACUACAGACCCCCUGGUUCGAUUCCAGGCUGUAUCACAACCGGCCAUGAUUGGGAGUUCCAUAGGGCGGUGCACAAUUGGCACAGCGUCGUCCGGGUUUGACCGGUGUAGGCCGUCAUUGUAAAUAAGAAUUUGUUCUUAACUGACUUGCCUAGUUAAAUAAAGGUGUCCAGUGGGUAUUCUCUAUAUAGUGCACUACUUUUGAUAUAGGGCUCUGGCCCAAAAUAGUGCACUAUAUAGUAAAUAGGGUGCCAUUUGGGAUGCUAGCAGGCCAUGUUAGUGGUUGGGAUGUAUCUGUCAGGAUGGGAUAACCGAGCACAGAGCAUGCCUCAAUGUCAGCAGACAUUGAAUCAAGGCAUGUUUGCUUGUUUGUUUGGGGAUAUACAGUAUGUAUGUGCUGCUGUGGUUUCAGUGGAGAUAAAGGGUUAAGAAGUAUUCCUUCAGGAUUUACUACUGUAGCUAUUCUUCUGUGCAAAGAUCCUGUGUAGACAUUACACACUGACACAUUGCUUAUUGUUAUUACUUUAUGCAACAAUUCCUCUGCUUAUCCCUCAGCCAUAUGCAACUGUUUAGUCUUCCUCAUUCUCCAUCCCCCUGUUGUUCACUCACCUCUUCUCUCCCCCUCCUCCUCCCUCUCUCUCUCUCCCUCUCUCUGUCCUCUAUCUCCCACAGACUUUGCGGUCCAGUGUGGGCUGGGGUCAGGAGCAGUUCCAGCUACUGCUGACGUCUGGGGCGGCUGCAGCUGGAGCCGGGGACGGGGCUGACCAUUGGGCUGAGGAUGUUGGCAUGGAGGAGAUACGUUAUCGCUGGAUGCUCUACAAGUCCAAACUGAAGGAUGUGGGAGACCUCAAGGCUCUGUUGAAUGUCAAGGUAAGAGAUGCUGUAGUCCCCUGUAGCUCAGUUGGUAGAGCAUGGCGCGUGCAUCGCCAAGGUUGUGGGUUCGUUUCCCACGGGGGGCCAGUAUGAAAAUGUAUGCACUAACUGUAAGUAGCUCUGGAUAAGAGCGUUUGCUAAAUGACAAAAAUGUAAAACUGUAAUGCUGUAUACAUUGUAUUGUGCCUCCCAAAUGGCACCCUAUUCCCUUUUAUAGUGCACUAUUUUUGACCAGGAUCUAUACGGCUCUGGUCAAAAGUAGUGCACUAAAUAGGGCAGUGGUCACCAACUCCAAGGAAUUCCUAGUCGAUCACCAAACAUUUCUGUAAAAAAAAAAACAGAUAAAGCCUUGCAUUCUUAUUUAUUUUAUUUGUUUCCCGCUGUUGGUGGUAGGUGCACUUGAUUCAGCAGCCCUAGUGUCGGGAAGGCAAAGUGUUCCCAUUUUGAACCAUUUCAUAUGUCAAGGUAGAACAGAGAGCAAAUCAAGUGCACCUAUAGGCCUACCGCUGGCCAAUCAGAUAGCUCAGAUCACCAUGUCUGCACAGUUUCCUCAAGCCAUAGACUGUAAAAAGAAGCCUCGAGCGCACAGCAAAGUUGAUACUGUAAGAUUCAAUGAAUACAGCAGAGAGCUGUUUAAGUUGUUAUUCAGCACUGUUAGCACUUUGUUCAACACUUAUAAGCCAUAAAAUGCGCGUUCUCCCUACUUCCACUCACGCUACAACCAGCACUGCAGCUGCAAUGAAUGAGUAUAGAAAAGUAUUUAGAUAGUGGCUUGUGUUUUAAUAUCGAGGAAUAUUUCACUUUCUCUGGUCAUAGGAGUAACAACAUGAAUUGGUGCAUGAGGCAGAAAUAAUGCAGUGCGACUUGAGUUUUUUCGCCAUCAGCUGGAUGACUGUGUCCCCUUUUCUCAGCGGAGGGAGGGAGAGCGGAGGGACGGUGAGUCGGGUGAGAGGCAGCUUCACCACUGCUCUCUGCCUCCCUCCCUCCCCUCAGACUGACCAUCAGAUGCAGGCCAUCAGUCCAGUAAAAAAAAAAAAUGAAUAUGUUCACUAAACUGUCCCUCACAAGUAAUACAACAGAUUAUCUAUUACCAGUGUGAUCAUAUACCAACAUUUUAAACAUUUCAAAAUUGUCUGAGAAGAAGAACAUUGGCAGGGAAAUUCAAGCAUAGCCAAUAUGCAGUGAUAAUGUAUUGGGCCUAUAGCGUACUGCACAAACCUCAUUGCUACAGAGCUCUUUUUAAUUGGUUCAUGUUGCAUAGGCUUACGUUUUUCAAGUCAUGUUUUUAAACAAUCUGAGCGGUAGAUCUCGGCUUGCAUUUUGACUCUAAAGUGACUUAGAAAAGGUUGGUGACCACUGAUAUAGGGUGCUGUGUAAAAUCUACAUCCAGCAGAGCGCUAUGAAGAGUAUCCUAUAAUAAAGAGAUGAUACAUUGGUCUACCACAAGGGAGCAGUGUAUCAUCAACGUUAGGUAAUGAUCUGACUGAACUGUACUGUAUAGCUUUCUGGGUUUAUUUCCAGCAGGGUGCAAGUGCUGCUGGACGGGAUGAACACACCAGGACAGCUAAGGUACAGUUAUCAAUCCAGCUCAGAGCUUGUGUCAUGGUCAAACGUUCCUUUAAUAUUCAAACUGGAGAAACGUGUGGUCUAAGCCGCGGCCUAUGGAACAUAUAUCGCUACAGCAUGGGUUUGAAUGAGCACACUCUCUCCUAUCUGUCCUAUUAACAAAGAAAACAUGCAAGGAGUGCUCCAGAGAGUUUAAAAGCAGCAAAAGUCCCCCUUCAGUGGAGUCUUUGAGCCUCCCCACUCCUCUGGGCUUAGUAAACACAGCUCUAGGACCACUUGUCUGACCACCCAAGACUGGCACCAAGUCAAGCCUGCUGUCUCCAGUUAACAAACACCAGUUAAUUUGGCAGCCCAGUGGGGUGGAGCAACCUGGUCUCAGAGAAUUUCGUAUUAUUCUGUCUGUAAAUCAGGGACAUAAAUUUGCAAAAUGUACAAUAAAUGUCAAAUUGGCAAAACGUACAAUAUGUUACGAAUUCCAAUUUGUUGUGGCUAACGUUAGCUUGGUGGCUGACGUUAGCUAGCUGGCUAACGUUAGCUAGGCUAGGGGUUAAGGUUAGGAGUUAGGUUAAAGGGUUAGCUAAAAGGGUUAUGGUUCAGGGAAGGGUUAGCUAGCUGGCUAACGUUAACUAGGCUAGGGGUUAGGGUUAAGGUUAGGAGUUAGGUUAAAUGGUUAGCUAAAAGGGUUAGGGUUCGGGGAAGGGUUAGCUAAUAUGCUAAGUAGUUGCAAAGUAGCUAAAAAGCGAAUGUAGUCCCUGAUGAGAUUCGAACACCAACUUUUGUGUUGCUAGACAUUUGCGUUAUACGCCCACCCCGACCAACUACCCUCCUCUCGUUUUUACCGUAAGUAACCUUCUGUCUUAUGUAACCAUAUCAAAUGUAACAUAUCUUACUAAUUCGAGUGUCCCGGAUUUACAUUGACUUUGUUACGUCUUGUCUAUGAGACCAGGCUGGGUGGAGAAGAGAUUAAGAAAUGCCAUGCCCCCUCACUCCCUCCCUUGCCCCCCUCAGAUCUCGCUCUCUCUCCUUCUCUCUCUUUCUUUCUUUCCUUCGGUGGGGCGGAGUGGAGCCUCCCUCCCUCACCCCCUUCGAUCCCCACAGCGUGGGGCCCCUCGAUAUUACACAACAUUCCAGAGGAUUUGCACCAUGUUUUGGCGUUGGUAGAUGAUGCCUCAGCCAUUGUUCUGAGGUCAAUUUAAGGGCAACUUGUACCUGGAGCCUUGGUUUUAAACCUUGUCCUCCUCUCCAUCUGUUGAUAGCUAAGUAAGUGUACAGCCUCUUCCCAGUCCUCUCUGCUCUAGGUACAAGUUUCCUUUUGGCACAGAUCUAGGAUCAGCAUACCCUUCUACAAUCCUCACCGUAACCAUUUGGAGAAGGGGGGAAUGGAUAACAAAUCCUCAUCUAUGAGUAACCUCAUUCUACUCUGUCUUCUCCUGGUCUCGUCUCUCUGUCUCUCUCUUUCUGUCGCUCUCUCGCUCUCUCUCUGUCUCUCUGUCUGUGUGUGUGUGUGUGUGUCUAUCAUAGAGCUGUGAACGCAGCAGGUGCAUGGAUGGCAGAAAAUAAGGAGGAUAGCUCACUGAGUUUACCCCCAGGUUGUUGAUAUGAGAAAAACAGAUGAAAGAACAAAGCGGUAGUGUGACUCACAGCAAAGACUAAAGUUCAUUCUAAAGUACCCCAAUGAGAAAAAUCAGAGCACUGCAGCAUCUGCACUAAGACACUGAAACUCAUCCAUCCACAAAUCACUCUAUAGGAAUUGUGGUUGCUAGUUCUGCGGGCUAUGAGUGUCAACAUCUGUUCACGCUGCAUAGACGACUGUUAUUACUACUCUUAGUUAUUUUAGUCAUGUUUAAAGGUGCUUGUUAGCAUUCUAAGUGCACACUAUCCAAUGAGUGUAGAUAUGGCACCUGCGCCUCAUACAAUAGGAGCCUUUGUCCCACAUAAACACACCUAUGGAGAGAUCAAGAGAGAUAGCUAACUCUUCAGGUCUCAUUAGCUAGUUUGAGUUCCUUUCUGACCUGUCAUUACUUUGGAGUAUAAACAUAGGGUUGUUUACAUAAUUGAGCCCCCUGGCCUACAACCUUCCUAUCUACUGAAAAAGGUAAACCCAACAACCAAAACUUCCUGGACAACUAUAACACAAACAUGCAGAGGAUGGCAUGAAAGAUUGCAGAGGACCCCCUCCAAUUUACUAAACCCAGAGUUCACACACCCCCUGGCCUGUAUUAUACCUCUUCACGGCCCAACACAAACUUACACCCCCUGGCCUGUAUUAUACCUCUUCACGGCCCAACACAAACUUACACCCCCUGGCCUGUAUUAUACCUCUUCACGGCCCAACACAAACUUACACCCCCUGGCCUGUAUUUUACCUCUUCACGGCCCAACACAAACUUACACCCCCUGGCCUGUAUUAUACCUCUUCACGGCCCAACACAAACUUACACCCCCUGGCCUGUAUUUUACCUCUUCACGGCCCAACACAAACUUACACCCCCUGGCCUGUAUUAUACCUCUUCACGGCCCAACACAAACUUACACCCCCUGGCCUGUAUUAUACCUCUUCACGGCCCAACACAAACUUACACCCCCUGGCCUGUAUUAUACCUCUUCACGGCCCAACACAAACUUACACCCCCUGGCCUGUAUUAUACCUCUUCACGGCCCAACACAAACUUACACCCCCUGGCCUGUAUUUUACCUCUUCACGGCCCAACACAAACUUACACCCCCUGGCCUGUAUUAUACCUCUUCACGGCCCAACACAAACUUACACCCCCUGGCCUGUAUUAUACCUCUUCACGGCCCAACACAAACUUACACCCCCUGGCCUGUAUUAUACCUCUUCACGGCCCAACACAAACUUACACCCCCUGGCCUGUAUUAUACCUCUUCACGGCCCAACACAAACUUACACCCCCUGGCCUGUAUUUUACCUCUUCACGGCCCAACACAAACUUACACCCCCUGGCCUGUAUUAUACCUCUUCACGGCCCAACACAAACUUACACCCCCUGGCCUGUAUUUUACCUCUUCACGGCCCAACACAAACUUACACCCCCUGGCCUGUAUUAUACCUCUUCACGGCCCAACACAAACUUACACCCCCUGGCCUGUAUUAUACCUCUUCACGGCCCCAACACAAACUUACACCCCCUGGCCUGUAUUAUACCUCUUCACGGCCCAACACAAACUUACACCCCCUGGCCUGUAUUAUACCUCUUCACGGCCCAACACAAACUUACACCCCCUGGCCUGUAUUUUACCUCUUCACGGCCCAACACAAACUUACACCCCCUGGCCUGUAUUAUACCUCUUCACGGCCCAACACAAACUUACACCCCCUGGCCUGUAUUAUACCUCUUCACGGCCCCAACACAAACUUACACCCCCUGGCCUGUAUUAUACCUCUUCACGGCCCAACACAAACUUACACCCCCUGGCCUGUAUUAUACCUCUUCACGGCCCAACACAAACUUACACCCCCUGGCCUGUAUUUUACCUCUUCACGGCCCAACACAAACUUACACCCCCUGGCCUGUAUUAUACCUCUUCACGGCCCAACACAAACUUACACCCCCUGGCCAACCGCAAUCUCCUCCACUGGCUACACACAAUCCUCACAUACACCAGAUAAUGAAUUACAAAAACAAAUCAUCACCAAUCUCAUUAUCAUUGAAGUGGAUAAAAUAAUCAUCUUCAUCACCCCUAUUCCCAUUAGAACAGCUCUCUGAGUAAUUUUCACUCUGGCAGGGGGUUGAGUUUAACGGUGCUUGAUGAGUUUAGUGCUUGUAUACAAUGAUUGAUUGAAUAAUCUCUUUAAGGGCGCUUAGCACCUGUCUGUCAAAUGGAUUGCUAUUGGGACUGCUUAGUUUGAGUACCUGGGACAGCGGUGAUGGGAGUUUGGAUAUAGAGGUAGAACGAGGAAAGUUGCAGGUCUGUUGAGAGAUUUUCUCUUGCGCUUCCUCCUCAACAUCUUCCUCCUCUCUCGAUCCUAUGUGCUCUGGAAAGCAGUUUGAGAGAAGGAGGGAGAGGAGGAAGAGGGGGUUGAUGGAGAGGGUCUUGUUGAGUGAGUGAACAUGAAGGUGGAGGGCAGAGAGGACAGAGUGGGCGAGGAUUUACAUGCUUCACUUGGAAGAGCACUCUGUUCUGUGGUGUGUGGGUGUGCGUGAAUGCUGUGUGUGUCAUCACAGCCCUGAUAAUAUUGAAAGGGAUGUGAGCCUUUUCUGUUUGUUGUUUACUUAGCUUGCUACCCUGACCAUAGUGUAUGAGUCAUCUUAAAAGUGACUCCGUUUAACACUCCCUUUAAAGGGGCAAUCUGGGAUUUGUACAACAAACUGGGACAUAAAACUAUAAUUUUGAUGUCAUGGAUUGUCAGUCCUUGCAUCCAUAACUCCGUCUCUGAAUUUGAGUGGUUACAUUUCUCCAGCCUUGCUGACUACCAAAAAAAGUAGCUGCGUAGUCGUUUUGUUGUUGUUGGAAUCCCAGAUUAUCCCUUUAAGAUGCCUAUCUGACUGUGACAUUGGCACGUUGUUUCAUUAUGAACCAGUCAAAUGUGGUGUCAUUACCUACCAAUUAUGAGAAGCAUUUAUUUAUAUUUCAGCAUCACAGAAUGUUCCUCCAUGUUGAGAGGCAGAUGUACUGAGAGUCUGGUACAUUGGAUUAACAUUCUGACGUUGUGUAUCGCCCACAGUUGAUGGGACACAGAAAUACUCAGAGUAAAACACACACACUUUUGUAUUAAUUUUGAUGUCAGUUGGGCUUUUCUGAUUCCCAUAUAAUUACAUGGCCCCUCUAAAAGGUUUACGGUUGAUCCUCAAUCACUGGUUAUUCACUCGUGCUCUUAAUGGUAUAGACAAGGAAUGUACAACAGUAUGUGUAUUUGAGAGAAAGUACGAGAAUGGGAUUUGAUGGGUUCAAUUAUGAUACUUACAUGUCUGUGAGUGUUUGUGUAGUUGGCAAUAUUUCCCUUACUAAAUUACAGGCAUGGGAAAGUAGGUUUUGUGUGUGUGUGUGUAUUAACAUCUCUAUAUUGUCUCCCUGUAGGGGAAGACUCCAGGCCUGCUGUACCGUGUGUGUCGGGUGGCCCUGCCCCUCUGGCUCCUGCUGUUGGCCCUACUCCUCUUCGCGUUCUUCCUGCCCUGGAUGGACGAAGGCUCCAGCUGCUCUCUGUCCAACAACUUUGCCCGCUCCUUCAACAUCAUGCUACGCUACGAUGGACCUCCACCCACA